CACAGAGCACGACCGAUGCCGUUCUCGGCGCGCAACGAGAUGCGCGUGCUGUUGCGCCUCGCGACGCCGAUCCUCUUCUCGAACCUCGCCAUGUUUGGCAUGUCGAUCACGGUCCUCGUCGUCGCGGGCCACCUCGGACCCGCGCAGCUCACCGCGGUCGCGUACUCGGAGAUGCUCUUUGACAUUACGGUGCUUGUGUUCGCAUCCGGCUUUGUCGUUGGCCAGGCGACGCUGUCGGCGCAAGCGUUUGGCGCCAAGAACCUCACGCUCAUCGGUCGCUACUGCCAGAUGAACUGCCUCUGCGUCACGCUCGCGUGCAUCCCGAUCGGCGCGCUCUGGUGGUUUACAGGCGACAUCCUUCGUUUUGCGGGGGUCUCGCACGCGACGAUCGAAUUUGCGAGGGAGUACUCGCACUACUCGAUGCCGUGGCUCCUCCCGCGACUCCUCUUCCAGGUGCUCAGCGUCUACUUCAAGUCGAUGCAGAACGUUAUGCCGGCCGCUGUCUUUGCCAUCGCGUUUGCAGUGCUCAACGUCGGCCUCGUCGUCGCAUUGGUGUUUGGCCUCCCGCACACGAGCUUUCGCGGAUUCGGGCUCGCGGGCGCAUCGAUCGCACUCAGCCUCACGCACUAUAGCCGCCUCGUUGCGUACGUCAUCUACAUGUUCGGCCAUGAAAAGCACCACGCAUUGGCGUGGAGCUGGGACCGUUCUUUUUUGAACCGCCGACGGUAUCUCACGCCGAUGCUCCAAGUGGGUGGCCCCAUGGUCAUUGGCCAGCUCGUCGAGAACCUCCAGCUUCAGACGAUGGCCAUCUUUGCGGCCAUGACGAGCGAGGUCGCCCUCGGCGCCAACAACUCGAUGAUGGAGCUCAUCUUCUUCCUCACGUCACCCAUCUACGGCAUGAUCGACGGCGGCUCGACGCGCAUCGGCAUGUACCUCGGCGCGGGUAAGCCCCGGGCCGCCAAAGCCACGAGCCACUUGGUGUUUUAUGGUAUUUUUGGGCUCUCGGUGGUCAUCGUGAUCCCGUGGCUGUGCGCACGCAAGGUCAUUGGCAAGCUCUUCUCGAGCGAUCCCGCCAUCAUCGACAGUCUGACGUCCAUCAACACGCUUGCGGCAGGCGGGUACAUUGUCCUCUCGCUCUUCUACUAUGCAAUGACCACGCUGCAGGCCCAAGCUCGGACGCUGCCGAUCAUGAUCUCGUUUCUUAUUGGCGCAUGGCUCGUCGGCGUGCCGAUGGCUUAUGUGUUUGCUUUUCCGCUGCACCACCAGCUCUUCGGCGUGUGGCUUGGCAUGAGUCUUGGUUAUCUCGUCACGACAGCGUUCGGCGUCUACUAUACGGUCAGGUCCAAUUGGCCCGACGAAGCCCAUAAGGCUGUCGCGCGGAGCAAAACCAAAGACAGCGACGAGUCCGAACCGUUCCUAUCCGACCUCGAAGCCACAAAAGUGCGCGAGGAGCCUCGCCCCGUCGAGCCCACCGCGCCCAAUUGGGACGCCUGAUACUCUCUUGGCAGAGAGGCCAGAGACGGUAGUUUGGUGCGUCCAAUACCAAUUCUUUCGUUCUAGGUGUAAACCAACC